AUGAACGAAGUGUUUUUCUCGGGAAUAGAAAAACCACGUUGGAUACUAUUUGGUGAUUCCUAUUCUGGUGCACUUGCAGCAUGGUUUCGUGAAAUGAACGAAGAUCUUACUAUUGCAGCAAUUGUAUCAUCUGGUGUGGUUCAAGCUGAAGUCGAUUAUUAUGAUCAUACCAAAAAUUUGGAAUAUGUAUUGAAGGAGGAGAAUGCACCGUGCGCUGAAACUAUUCGAUUGGGUAUGAAAGCACUGAUUGAAAAAACAUAUACCGCAGAUGGUAGGGCAGAAUUAGGAAAGGUUUUUAACAUGUGCGUACCAUUUACGGAGCCAUCAAUAUCAAAAGAUAUACAACUUUUUCUUGCAAAUGUUUUGUCUUUAUUUGGUGCUUUUAUACAGUAUGCAGGAGGAUGUCGAAUUCCCGAUGUGUCUUAUUUUUGUAAUCUAAUAACGCAUGGUGGUGACACAGAUGUAUCGUAUCGUAGUUGGCUAUGGCUUUCCUGUACAGAACUUGGCUUUUUCAUUACAACAGACAAUGGAAAAAGCAUAUUUGGAUCAUCUGUAUCACUUGAUUAUUUUAUCGAUAAAUGCAUGGACGUAUUCGAUGUGCAGUAUGAUGCGGAACGUGUUCGUGAUGGCGUACGCAAUACAUUGCGUACAUUUGGAGGUUAUGAUAAUUAUAGAGGUAGCAAUACGAUAUUUGCAACUGGUUCAUAUGAUCCAUGGAAAUCAGCUUGUUGUUUGAAUUGUACUGAUAUUACAAGAAAUGUUUACUCUUUUAUAAUUGAAGGUGGUUCUCAUUGCAUUGACACAUGUCCUGUCAAUUUCAUCAAUUUACCAGCAUUAGAUGAUUAUCGAAUAUUUCUUGAUGAAAAAUUAGAAAUGUUUAUUGCGGAAAGCUCUACAACCAAUGAUAGUUACAAUAGCAAAAACAAUAAUAGCAAUAACAAUAAAAAUUAA